GUCUUGACGUGCGUCGAUGUGUUGACUCCCGGAAAGGACAACUUGUUUCUUUCGUACGAUGCGCGUUUUGCUUUUCGUCGCCCCCAGAGUGCAACCCAUACCGAUGCACACAUACACACAUACACACAUACACACAUACACACAUACACACAUACACAUAUACACAUGUACACAUAUACCACCUCAUUAUCGAGGAUUGAUGCUUGACAUGGUGCCACCAGGAUUCGACCCAAGAAAUCACGGACCUUGCGCUACUUUUUUUUUCAACGCCAUGUCACGGACACACAUCUCUCAAGCUGCGACUUGCACACAAAAAUUCCCAAAAUGCUUCGCACACCACCGCACCAGUUAAUUUAUCUAACAAACACAUCCAAAUCUCACACGGGCAUACCCUGUCCAGUUGCCAUGUCUCUUAAUCGGAUCCUCCCACGCAUCCACACGAUCCACAUUUCCAACAGCCCCGAAUGCUCAUGAACGACUAUGGAUAUGGAUGGUAGGUGCAAAGUCCUAAUGCUGCGUUUGCUAUCUGCCAGACAGUGGCCUUGCCCGCGUUCAUCUGCCCGGAACCCAGUACGGAUGCUCGCCAUAUGCCUUAUUCGCCUGUAGAUGUUUGGGUACGGGGCGCAUUAUCCCACCAGGGGUUACGGGUGUGAAGCUUUGAUUCAAAUGGCAUACCGAGCCCUCCCCGCUGGCAGCGCAUAUCAUCCGUUCACAUCAGCAACUUUGCAGCAGGCGUAUCGUAUCAUCGUUCGUUUCUUUUUUCACCUCUUGACUCUUGAGUUUGUAUCUGUCGUGUACAGGUUACAAUAUCACAGUUGUACUCGAGAUCUAACACAGUCACCGAUUUGUCUCUGCUCAGACACCAUUUUGGCAUUGGUGGCUAGAGCUUUCCCUUGCUUUUCUCAUUAGUUGCCUUUCCGUGACGCCUUUAUACUUGUUUACAUUCUGUUGCUUUUUCAAACAGUGUUACAGGGAAGGUUCAGGUGAUAUAUCCACAUCUAUUCUUUUCGUUAUAUUUCAGCCUCAAAAAGUUUCGACAUUGGAUAUAUAAAGGUAUGAGAUUCUCCCUGACUCGUACUUGUCCGAUAUCAACUUCACAUUCGCAUUUCAACUCGAGCUUCAUUGGAGUUAUAUCUCACGUCACUUCUUCACCCGAGCUCCAACUGUCCAUCCUCAAAAUACGCCAUUCUCUUCAGCACAAUGUGCGAAUACACAAGGAACUACUAUAUCUACACUUCAUGUAUCGAUCCUGGAGCUCACUACUUCUCAACCUCCAUCGACGGCAGCAAAGAACGCCAAUGUGCAAAGGGGCCCCACGAACGAUACAUUGUCGUGCCCGGGCAUUGCCCUCUAUGCUCAUGAAUGCCGACAUCAUCACCAAGCCUCAGAAAUCUCUAGGUGGUUCCACAUGUCACAUUCGACUUUACGCACCAUGAUUCGCACUUUUAUUUCGCGUUUGCCCUUGCACCAAUACCCCCAACAUCAUAUGGCAGAAUUUUGGACGAAUUUCUUCCGCAACAAACUCGGGCAUCAACAUAGAACUUCAGCGAAUCGAUCUACUUCUUUAUUAGGCGAGCUUUUUUUGAGCAGGGUGUUCAGGAAAAGCUAGGGAAUGGGUUUUUCAUUUUGAUUUUGGGGAUAUACAUUUGUCACCGAUGGAGUUUUUAUUGGUCAAUUUUGCUUCUCGUGUAUCGUCAACGGCUGGGGGAAAAAAUUUGGAUAGAGCUGGAUCUCGGGUAUUUGCAAAAGCAAGGGAUGAAGGAGUAUAUUUAGCGAUCAACAUCAUGAAAGUUCUAUUCACUGAGAAGCAAGGGAAGGGUUCCGCUUCGGUGCAUACACAGAUGCACAAUUUUUGAUUACAGGCUUUAUCCAAGUCUUCAUUCAUAUUCAAUUACAAUUUUUUAACCGAUCUACCUUUCCCUCUCUUCUCCGGCUUAUUUCCAUCUUCAAAAGUCGAGAUUUCUGGUGGGCGAGAUUUUCUUUUGAUAGUUCUAGUCGAGUACCUUACAUUAGUGUCCGCAUAUGUGGCUGUUUACGAGCCAGUUAUACAGCAUGAUUUCUGUUCGAGCCACGAACGCUGCGACGAUCCUCGCUAUACUAAAGCAAGAACCGGGAGAAUAGAGCCGAAUUAGAUGCAGAAGUACUGAUAAUCACAUGGAUGAUAUCUUUGGGGGCGCAAAAAGGAAUCAGCGAGUCCUCAAAUAAUCCGAUACGAUAUAUCUCCUUUUAGUAUUUCGGCGCCGAACACAAUCGCUUCUUCACGGUUAGGUUCGUACCUGUUGACUAUUUCUUCUUUCCCAAUCAGUACGAUGAAGCUUUGUCAGUCCUCUAGGCGGAGCUUUCUUCUUCGCGGCGUGAACUAGCUUGCUAUCAAGCCCACAGUGUCCUCACAUGAAGAUUUUUCUUCUCCAAAUAUGGGGACCCCUUUUAGAUUCUUAGGGUAAUUGAGGUUGGGGAUCCAUGGGGAAAAAUCUGACAAAUCGAAACUCAAAAGAGGGAUUGUGUUUUUUAACCUCCCCGAUCGCGGCGAGAAGGUUAUUUCUCAGCUGAAACGUAAAUGUGAGGAAUGUAUGUGUGUAAUCUGUAUGUAAUCUGUCUGUAUGUACGGUAUAUUUGCGAAAUAGCCGAAUUCUUCAGCCGUGGAUUUGGAACGAGGAAGAGGAAGCGGGAGGCUGAAAAGAAUGGAUGGAUAGACAGGGGAUGGAGGAUCCCCCACUUCGGCUUUUUUGGGUGGAUGUGGGGAUUUGGCGGAUAAAUAUUUACUAGGUUCGGAUAUCAAAAUUACCUAGGUACUACACUACGUAUGUUCCAUGAAUCUUGCAUUGCCCA